CAGUCAGUCAGUCAGUCAUUAGAGAGACAGGAUGGAGUUCAGUCCACUCGCUGUGAUGCUCUUGCUGAUUUCACUUAUACCAGUGCCACAUGCUCAAGGGAGUCCUAAAGCUGUGGUGUCCAUAAAGCCUGAUACACAUGUGUACAGAGGAGAGACUGUUACAUUCAGAUGUGACGUACAGGGAGGACGAGACACUGAGUGGACAUACAGCUGGUAUUGGAAUAAUGACACAUUCUAUAAAGACAGCACAAUGCAGGAGAUCAGUAUCUGGUCUGUUAGAGACUCUCUCAGUGGUGACUUCACCUGCAGAGGACAGAGCAAUGACUCUCAGAGCUCAGAGAUCAGUGAUGCUGUUACUCUGACUGUAUCAGAGGGCCCACAGGUAGUACUGAGUGUAUCUCCACAGAGCUGGCUGACUGAAGGAGACUCAGUGACUCUAAGCUGUGAGGUUACAAACUCCUCUACAAACUGGACAUUCAGCUGGGACACAUUUGUUCCAUACAGACACAAUGAAGAUAUUUUCUGGUAUAGAGCGGUGUCCCUCUCAGACAUCAUCAGAGAAUCUGGAGACUCCUACACUAUCAGUCCUGCUGCUCUUAAUCACACAGGAGUUUAUGUGUGCAGUGCAGAGAGAUUAGAACAAGUUUAUCGCACAUAUGACAGCAACGAACAGCCGCUAUGGAUCACUGGUGAAUCUCCUCCAGUGUCUCUGAUCAUCAAUCACAACAGAACUCAACACUUUACUAAAGACUCUCUCUCACUGAGCUGUGAGGACCAGAGUAACUCUACUGGAUGGAGAGUGAGUCGAUACACACACAGUGAUGGAGGGUCAGAUUGUUCAUGGUGGGGAUCAGUUUCAGGAUCUACAUGUAAUAUCAGCUUCCUCUCCACAUCCUACACUGGAGUUUACUGGUGUGAGUCUGAAUCUGGAGAAAACAGUAAUCCUGUCAACAUCACAGUGCAUGAUGGUGAUGUGAUCCUGGAGAGUCCUGUCCAUCCUGUGACUGAGGGACAUCCUCUGACUCUGCGCUGUUUAAAUCGAUACCCAAAUUCCUCCAACCUCCGAGCUGAUUUCUAUAAAGAUGGAUCAGUUCUCCAGACACAGACAACAGGAGAGAUGAUCAUCCGAACUGUCUCAAAGUCAGAUGAAGGUUUCUACCACUGUAAACACCCAGAGAGAGGAGGGUCACCGAAAAGCUGGGUCUCAGUCAGAGCGUCAGGUCCAUCAGCUGUAGAAGUUCCAUUCUCAGUGCUCAUGCUGAUCAGUAGUGUAGUGACGGCCUCUCUGCUGGUGACCAUCAUUCUGCUGGUCAAAUGUUACAGAGCUCGAGCUCACAAUGGUGAAUACAGAAUCCAGAAUGCAGUCAUAGAGGAGUCAGCAAAGUUCAUCUAUAAAAAGAGGACCCGUUUAAUACUCGAGCUCCAAUUCCAGACUGCUGGGACUACAGCUGCUCCUAAGGCCAAACAGACUUCAUUGCUGAUUUCACUUAUACCAGUGCCACAUGCUCAAGAGGACCCACAGGUAGUACUGAGUGUAUCUCCACAGAGCUGGCUGACUGAAGGAGACUCAGUGACUCUAAGCUGUGAGGUUACAGACUCCUCUACAGACUGGACAUUCCGCUGGUACACAGUUGAUCCCUACAGACUCAUUGAAGACAUUUUCUGGUAUAGAGCGGUGCCCCUCUCAGACAGCAGCAGAGAAUCUGGAGACUCCUACACUAUCAGUCCUGCUGCUCUUAAACACACAGGAGUUUAUUGGUGCAGAGCAGAGAGAGGAGAGAGGAGAGUUUAUCACACAUAUGACAGCAACAUACAGCCACUAUGGAUCACUGGUGAAUCUCCUCCAGUCUCUCUGACCAUCAAUCCCAACAGAACUCAACACUUUACUGAUGACUCUCUCUCACUGAGCUGUGAGAAACAGAGUAACUCUACUGGAUGGAGAGUGAGACAAUACACACAGAGUAGGAGAGGGUCAGAUUGUUCAUGGUGGAGAUCAGUUACAGGAUCUACAUGUAAAAUCAGCUUCCUCUCCACAUCCUACACUGGAGUUUACUGGUGUGAGUCUGAAUCUGGAGAAAUCAGUAAUCCUGUCAACAUCACAGUGAAUGAUGGUGAUGUGAUCCUGGAGAGUCCUGUCCAUCCUGUGACUGAGGGACAUCCUCUGACUCUAUGCUGUUUAUAUCGAUACCCAAAUUCCUCCAACCUCCGAGCUGAUUUCUAUAAAGAUGGAUCAGUUCUCCAGACACAGACUACAGGAGAGAUGAUCAUCCAUACUGUCUCAAAGUCAGAUGAAGGUUUCUACCACUGUAAACACCCAGAGAGAGGAGAGUCACCGAAAAGCUGGGUCUCAGUCAGAGCGUCAGGUCCAUCAGGUGUAGAAGCUCCAUUCUCAGUGCUCAUGCUGAUCAGUAGUGUAGUGACGGCCUCUCUGCUGGUGACCAUCAUUCUGCUGGUCAAAUGUUACAGAGCUCGAGCUCACACUGGUGAAUACAGAAUCCAGAACGCAGUCAUGGAGGAGUCAGCAAAGUUCAUCUAUAAAAAGAGGAUCCGUUUAAUGUAGAAAUCAUUUCAUCAUUCCUUUAGAGUCAUUUUGUGGAUUGUAAAUAAUACUGAUCUGUCGCUUUAACAUCAUGCUGUUUGUAGCUCAGCAUCUUACACGCACUUUCUGACUGCAUUUGUUUAGCUGAAGCCUGCAAACCUCCUCAUGAGGUGAAAGUGAACAUGUGUUUAGUCUCUAAUAAAGCCUACAUGUUGCUAAUGCAAAAACAGGUGUGAAAUAAAUGUGUCUGCUAUUGGAGUGACUUUCAUCCCAACAUGGUGACCUGCACAUUACAACCUCAAAACGCUUCGUGUUACAUUACUGAUGAACAUUUUGGUGUGCGUUAUUGAGAGCAGACUCGAGGUGUGUAUUUUAUAUUUGGUUUGACUUUUCUUUUCAGCUGUGUGAACUUUAAUUGAAGUUGUGUGAGGAGAUGUGUGGUUGGAAUGUUUAGUUCAAUUAAAACCUUCAAAUAAAUGCACCAGUAUCGAUGAAGACUAUGUGCACAAUAUAUAAUAAGGGUUAUAUAUCAUUUCCUUCACUGCGUUAGUUAACCUGGUUGCAAUGAUAUGUGAAGUACAUGUAAUAUAAUGAGAAAACUCUGAGCAAAUACUCUUGUGCCUUUUAAAUAUCACCAUUUUAUUUUUAACAUUUUGUAUUUUUUCAAAUAGAAAAUAAAAAAAAAAUCUUUACCAAGACAAUGUCUACUUUAUUUCUCGACAAGAAAAAUGAUGAAGAUGUGAGAAAUGUGAACAAAAAUACACAGUUAAUGUUAAGCUGUGUACAUUUUUUAAGUAAACUACUCUGGUUAAUGACGUCAGUAUGUGUUGAGGGACACGGUGGAUAGAUUGGUAGAUAAAUUAGAUAACCAUCUGUUAACUUAGCUAGUGAUGGAAAGUGCUCUUUCAGCUCUUCUGCUGGUGAUUGAGUACGCUAGUCAUCCUUAUCAUUAGUUACUAGGGGUGUAACAAUACGGUCCGGUCACGAUUCAAAUCAAUUUACAAUACUGACUUCAAGAUUUCGUUUCGAUUAGAUUUUUGUCUGUAUAAAAGUAAAUAAAUUAAAAAUGCCCAUGAACAGAGGUUUAAUAUUGUUCACAAAAUCUACUACAGGUUCACUAUAUCUUAAACCUAAAUUAAUAAAUGUAUAAAUUCUUCCCAAUAUUUUGACUGAAUAAACAAAGUGUCUGACCUGGGGAAAAUGUUAGUAUCAUAUAGAACAUCAUAUUGCUCUAAUAAUAGAGAAUAUCAGAUUUAGAAACCAAAAUGAACUUUUGGA